AUGCGGGGAAGCAGGCUGAACCAUAUGGCUCCCUGGGCUGCAUUGUUGCAGAAACCCAAUGAGGUUAGACCCCUAGUCUCCUUUACAUUCACAUCACUUCAAGCUACCUCUGACGGAGCCACUGAAAUCUACGACAUCGCGGACGUCCGUUGCGGACACAUUGAGCGCUACGAAGCCGAGGAAUUUGAGAACGGAGGUUCGGACGAUGGCAAAAAGUAG